AUGAUUUUGGCCAGAACGUUCCCGUCGAUUCUAUUGUUGUGCUCCAUCCGCAGCGGACAGGCUGGUUACGCGAAAGGCAGCAUACAACUGGACAUGUCAACUUUCAAAAAAAUAAUUCCACAUUUUCCGUGUGCAAUCGUCAAAGUGGACAAGGAUUAUCCCCACGGUCGCAAUCAGACCCAGUUCGAGAAACUCGUCGGGUUGCUGUCGCAGGACAAGCACACGAUCGUCGCGGAAAUCGGGGUGCAAGAAUUCGGCGAAAAAGAGAACACCGAUCUGGCUGAAUUUCUAAAUGUUCCGCGGAAAGAACACUGGCCGGUAUUGUUCAUUUUCGCGCGGGACACAAUGUCGUGGGCAGCGAAGUAUCAGGGCUUCUUCAGCUUGAACAGACUCCGAAACUUCGUCAACCAGAAUUCCGAGGUACAAUGGAGCUGUCCGGCUUGCAUUCUUGAACUGGAUCGGCUAGUGAAAGCCCAUCUGUUCGACAGGACUCUGCUGGCAGAGCAAAUGGUGUUGCAGACGAAGAUCUUCAUCGCCAGUCUCCCACGUACCGAUAAGAGGAGCACCACAGCUGAUUAUUAUCUGAAACUCAUGGAAAGAAUCUUAGACUUGGGGCAACCCGCAGUCGCGAAAGAAUCUCAACGAGUCGUGAGACUUCUUCAGAUGAAACUCCCGAAGGCGAAGAAAGUCCUGCUGAAAGAACGCGUGGACAUCCUUUACUAUUCAUUCGGAGGUAAUCUGUGGAGCUUCCAGGAAGAGGAAAUUGCCGAUGGGUCAGCACAGGAUGAAAGAGACGAACUAUGA